GCGAAUCCCACCUAAUGCCUCCCACAAGCCAACUACUGGAGGAUAAUAAAGGGUCAUCCUUCCCGUCCGAAACCUCAUCGCAGUCUCCUCCUCCAAACCCUAGCUCUAGAUUUCGAUUACCAUGGCCGGAAGGGGAAGGCUAUCGGUUCCGGCGCCUCGAAGAAGGCGAUGUCGAGGAGCAGCAAGGCGGGGCUCCAGUUCCCCGUCGGUAGGAUCGCCCGAUUCCUCAAGGCCGGCAAGUACGCCGAGCGCGUCGGCGCCGGCGCCCCCGUCUAUCUUGCCGCCGUCCUCGAGUACCUUGCUGCCGAGGUCUUGGAGCUCGCUGGAAACGCGGCGAGGGACAACAAGAAGACUAGGAUAGUCCCGAGGCACAUCCAAUUGGCAGUGAGGAACGACGAGGAACUCUCGAAGCUCCUGGGGACCGUCACCAUUGCCAACGGCGGUGUGAUGCCCAACAUCCACAACCUUCUUCUUCCCAAGAAGACCGGCGGCUCCUCCAAGUCUGCCCCUGCUGACGAUGAUAGCUAAAAGCUCCAUUUUUUUUCAACCUAUCUUCCUUGUCUUCCUCCUGUAAGACUAAUGUGGAGUGGAAAACGUAUCAUCUUUAGGUUUCUUCUUCUUCUCCUUUUUUAUUUUUGUAAUUUGUGGCGUUAAUCACUUGUUCUGGGAUUUUUAUCUAGUGAAUGGAAAGCAGAAAAUCUGUCUAUCUUCUUCCA